CAGGCCGGCCAGGCCUGAAGGACGCGGGGACACAGGCCGAGUAGCCAGCUCGGACGCCGGCGGGAGCAAGCUGAGCCUGGCGGUGGGAGCAGGACCCUGCGGUGCCCAGAGCCCCGCACCACGCCCGGCCCUCCCCGCCCAGGAGGCCGCUGCUUCCGGGGCGCUGCCCCCCUCGAGGCCGCCCUUCGCUGCCCGUGUCGACGCCCGGCUCUGAAGGUGCCGACCAACCCCCAGGAUGGCGGAAGCACACCAGGCCGUGGCCUUUCAGUUCACUGUGACCCCAGAAGGGGUCGACUUCCGGCUCAGUCGGGAAGCCCUGAAACACAUCUACCUGUCUGGGAUCAACUCCUGGAAGAAACGCCUGAUUCGCAUCAAGAAUGGCAUCCUUAGAGGUGUGUACCCUGGAAGCCCUACCAGCUGGCUGGUCAUCGUCAUGGCAACAGUGGGUUCCUCCUACUGCAAGGUGGACAUCUCCAUGGGGCUGGUCUAUUGUAUCCAGAGAUACCUCCCUGAGAGGUGUAGCCAUUAUGAGACCCCACAGUCUCGGGCACUUCUCAGCAUGGCCAUCUUCUCCACGGGGGUCUGGGUAACAGGCAUCUUCCUAUUCCGACAAACUCUGAAGCUGCUGCUUUCUUACCACGGGUGGAUGUUUGAGAUGCACGGCAAGACCAGUCAUGCCACCAAGAUCUGGGCUAUCUGUGUCCGCCUUCUGUCCAGCCGUCGGCCCAUGCUCUACAGCUUCCAGACAUCUCUGCCAAAACUUCCUGUGCCCUGUGUGUCAUCCACAGUUCAGCGGUACUUGGAGUCUGUGCGGCCCUUGUUGGAGGAUGAGGAAUAUUACCGUAUGGAGACACUGGCCAAAGAAUUCCAGGAAAAGACCGCCCCCAGGCUGCAGAAAUACUUGGUAUUCAAGUCAUGGUGGGCAACUAACUAUGUGAGUGACUGGUGGGAAGAGUAUAUCUACCUCCGAGGCAGGAGCCCCCUCAUGGUAAACAGCAACUAUUAUGUCAUGGACCUUGUGCUUGUCAAGAACACAGAUGUGCAGGCAGCCCGCCUAGGAAAUGUCGUCCAUGCCAUGAUCAUGUAUCGUCGCAAACUGGACCGUGAAGAGAUCAAGCCUGUGAUGGCAUUGGGUAUUGUGCCCAUGUGCUCCUAUCAGAUGGAGAGGAUGUUCAACACUACUCGCAUCCCCGGCAAUGAGACAGAUGUGCUGCAGCACCUCUCAGAGAGCAGGCAUGUGGCUGUCUACCACAAGGGCCGCUUCUUCAAGGUCUGGCUCUAUGAGGGAUCCCGCCUGCUCAAGCCUCGGGACCUGGAGAUGCAGUUCCAAAGGAUCCUAGAUGACCCCUCCCCACCUCAGCCUGGGGAAGAGAGGCUGGCAGCCCUCACUGCAGGAGGAAGGGUGGAGUGGGCACAGGCACGCCAGGCCUUCUUCAGCUCUGGCAAGAACAAGGCUGCUCUGGAAACCAUCGAGCGUGCUGCUUUCUUUGUGUCUCUGGAUGAAGAGUCGCACUGCUACAACCCUGAUGAUGAGGCCAGCCUCAGCCUCUAUGGCAAGGCACUGCUGCACGGCAACUGCUACAACAGAUGGUUCGACAAGUCUUUCACUCUUAUUUCCUUCAAGAAUGGUCUGUUGGGGCUCAACACAGAACACGCGUGGGCAGAUGCCCCCAUCAUUGGGCACCUCUGGGAGUUUGUCCUAGGCACUGACACCUUUCACCUGGGCUACACAGAGACUGGACACUGCCUUGGCAACCCGAACCCUCAGCUUAUUCUUCCUCAGCGGCUGCAGUGGGACCUUCCUGAACAGUGCCAAGCUGCCAUCGAGAGUUCCUACCAGGUGGCUAAGGCUCUGGCAGACGAUGUGGAGUUGUACUGCUUCCAGUUCUUGCCUUUUGGCAAAGGCCUCAUCAAGAAAUGUCGUACCAGCCCUGAUGCCUUUGUGCAAAUUGCCUUACAGCUGGCUCACUUCCGGGACAAGGGCAAAUUCUGCUUGACCUAUGAGGCCUCAAUGACCAGAAUGUUCCGCGAGGGACGGACAGAAACUGUGCGUUCCUGUACCAGUGAGUCCACAGCCUUUGUGCAGGCCAUGGUGAAUGGCUCCCACAUGAAAGAAGAUCUCCGAGAUCUCUUCCGGAAAGCUUCUGAGAAGCACCAGAACAUGUACCGCUUGGCUAUGACGGGGGCUGGGAUAGACAGGCACCUCUUCUGCCUUUACGUAGUCUCCAAGUACCUGAGCGUCAGCUCUCCUUUCCUGGCUGAGGUGCUUUCAGAACCCUGGCGCCUCUCCACCAGCCAGAUCCCUCAGUCCCAGAUUCGUAUGUUUGAUCCAGACCAGUACCCCAAUCACGUGGGUGCCGGAGGUGGCUUUGGCCCUGUGGCAGAUGAUGGCUAUGGUGUCUCCUACAUGAUUGCAGGAGAAAGCACUAUGUUUUUCCAUGUCUCUAGCAAGUUCUCAAGUUCAGAGACGAAUGCCCAGCGCUUUGGGAACCACAUCCGACAAGCCCUGCUGGACAUCGCUGAUCUUUUUCAAGUUCCCAAGACUGACAGCUGAGGGAUGGAAAAAUGCCAGCUGCCCUUUCAUCCCUCACACGGUGGAGGAAGGGGCCUGUGGUCUGUGUGCAAGCAUAAUGCGUGGCCAUGCAUGGGUGCCCAGCUCCAAGGACUGUUCUGUCAGCAGGUGCCCCUUGGCAAAUGCUGCUCCCUGAGGGCCCAGAUGGAGGUGUGUUGGAAUAAGGAGGGAAUUUUGAUUUUUUUUCUUGGUAGAUAUUAAUAAAGAUAAGGCUGUGUAAGUCACUCAGCCCUUAGGUGCCUGUGUUUUGUUUGGGAACUAGAAGUCCCUCCCUUUUCCCUAGCUUAGGCCGGAAAGGUGACAGAGGAAGGGUUGGCGCUUAGAGACUGUUCAUGGGGACUUUGUGACAUGCUAUGGAAUGUGUGUCUCUGUCUGCUAAGUAACACAGACUCUGAACUUGUCCACACACUCAUGUGCACUUGGAAUAAACUCUUGCUUCAGAAUCUUCA